AUGGCUUCAAGCACUGGGUCUCUAUUUUUGGUCAUAUGGGGAACUCUUCUCCUUUCACGUUCUAUGAGAGCAAAGGACAAUCAACAUGCAACACAGCUACUGUACAUGUACAACAUGUUCACGGAUAACUUCGCCAUAUUAGGGCACACUAUUCGUUCUAUGAAUGUAUCAAGUCAAGUUGAUUGCUUCCGCCAUUGCGCAAAGGUUUGUGGUUGUGUAGCAUUUCAAUUGACUGGGUGGAAAUGUGAAUUAUUGGAUGCAGAUAAAGAUGUCGUGGUUGGGGACCUGGUAACUAGACCAGGCACUGCUUUAUACACUAUGAAUCAAGAUAGUAUACAGGUAAGAUUGUGUCGUUGAUGAUUGGAACAUAUAGCUACGCCACAUAUGACAAGUAGAGCUACUAGUGAGUAAUGAACUGCCCAGAGCCCAUCGCCAGACUUAAGAUUUGUAGCUUUGAGUUUGGUGACAUGCAAAGGUAUUCCGUGUUUUGUGAUUAUAGACUAAAUUCGAUUUCAUGACAACGGCACGGCUUUAUUGCGCUCCUUCGCUAAGGGAAGCAAAAUUUGAUGAAACAGACGCUGAUUAAAAGAUGUAUUCUCACUAAAUUCUUACUGCUACAAACGCAAUAUUGUUAGCAAAAUCAGUCAUUGUUUUGUGGAAUUUAGAUACUCACAAGGAAUCAGCCACUGGAUGACUUUGUCCGAGGGAUGAUCGGGAGAUCGGUUGAUUAAAGGAAUCGCUCGCUAAAUUUGAGUGCAAAAGUUAGGUGUAAGAAGACAAAUUUGCGUCCACAACUAAAACUUAAUUCGUAAAUGCGAAAAGGUAUCCUGUUUGACUACACUUUAAUUAUUAUUAUCUGAAUUAUAUUGCUAGGUGAACCAAAGCUGUGUUAACGGAUGCUGCAGAUCAAAGCCCUGUCUUAACGGCGGAACCUGUGAGGAGAAAUGCAGUGACGUCAGAGAGCCUUACACUUGCACAUGCUCAAAAUAUUACAAGGGAAAACGAUGCGAGCAGUUUUAUCCAGAAGUCAGGUCGUGCCAAGGUCUCAAGAUAUUUAGGCCGGGAUCGCAUUCCGGUGUUUACGAACUUGUUAUAAGUGAUAAUAAAACCGUGCAGAGUUAUUGUGACUUUACCUCUGAGGCUGGUAAAGCUUGGACUCUCAUAGAAUCCUUUUCGCUUUCAAACAAAGACAUAUAUAAGAACAAACCAUUUUAUCACGAUUUUCCUCGAAACGAGAACAACUUCACAUGGGACGACUUUAGGCUUUCAUACCAAGCCUUGGUUAACAUCCGGGAUAACUCAACGCACUGGCGUGUGACUUGUACCUUCCCAUCAGGCCUCAGUUAUACCGACUACGCACGCUCUUCGCUCAAUGAAACAGAUCUCCUAACGUUUGUCAAUCAGGACAAAUGCAAGAGGUAUGAAUAUGUUUCAGUGCGAGGAAUAAACUGUACGGAUUGUAUAGGGAUGUUGGUUCAAAGAAACAGUCAACAUAUGCAUACAGAUUCUUACUGGAGCGGAAGAAAUGGCUGUCAGUGGGAUCCCGGGACAGGAGCAAAAUCAGGAGAAGAUAAUUUCGGUUUUUAUGCUGUUACCAAUCCAAAACACAGGUGCACGGUAAACGCUUCGUCUACUACACAGUGGUGGCUUGGGUCAGAAUUAUAA